AACCUAUAUUUUAGAGAAGCUUUUGCAUUUGCUUGCAGCCGCAAUUUGCCAAGUUACACAAUACCUGGGUAUAACAGGGCAAGGGAAUCACUGCUCAAGCAAGAAAGAAGGCACAUAGAGACUCUAUUGGAGAGUACAAAGAGCACAUGGCCAGAGAAAGGGGUCACAAUCUGCUCUGAUGGUUGGUCAGAUCCUCAGAGGAGGCCAAUCAUCAACUUCACCGCUGUUUCUGAGAAAGCACCAAUGUUUUUGAGGGCUGACAAUUGUGAAGGAGAAUACAAGUCAAAAGAAUAUAUUGCUGAGAAGUUGAGGGCUAUCAUUGAUGAAGUAGGUCGACAAAAUGUGGUACAAAUCAUCACAGAUAAUGCUGCAAAUUGCAAAGGUGCGGGUCUUUUAAUUGAAGCUGAAAAUGAUCACAUAUUUUGGACACCUUGUGUAGUGCAUACUCUCAACCUUGCUAUGAAAAAUAUAUGUGAACCUAAACUGCCAAGGACACCUACUGAUGAGGAUAUGCAGGUUUGGAGUCGAUUAGAAUUUAUAAACAAUGUCAAAGUUGAGGCUACUAUGAUCAAGAAAUUCAUAAUGAAUCAUGGCAUGCGUCUUUCCAUGUUUAAUGAGUUCAGCCAUUUGAAGUUGCUCUCUAUUGCUGAAACAAGAUUUGCAUCGGUUGUGUGUAUGCUAAAACGGUUUGUUGAGGUAAAAGCAGCUCUCCAACACAUGGUGAUUAGUGACAAAUGGAGCAUCUACAAAGAGGAUGCUUCAACUGCCCAACAUGUAAAGGAAAAAAUACUAAGUGAUGUCUGGUGGGGCAAUGUGGAAUACAUUCUUAGGUUCACUAGUCCUAUCUAUGAUAUGAUACGCUUUGCGGACACCGACACCCCGUGUCUUCACUUAAUCUAUGAGAUGUGGGAUUCAAUGAUUGAGAAAGUGAAGAAAGAAAUAUAUUUGUAUGAAGGGAAGGAACCAAAUGAGGAGUCAGACCUCUACUCUGUUAUUCAUGAUAUAUUGAUUGCUAGGUGGACAAAAGGCAAUAAUCCACUUCAUUGUUUGGCUCAUUCACUCAAUCCAAGAUUUUACAGCAACAUGUGGCUUCAAGAAGGUGCUGGCCGACUACCCCCCACAAGGACAAGGAAAUAUCACAAAUGAGGAUGACUUGCUUCAAGAAAUUCUUUCGCAUACCGCAAGAGUUGGCUGCAGUGAAGGAAGAAUAUGCAAGGUUUUCUAGUUGUUCAGAAGAAUUCAAUGACCCUGAUUCUAUACAUGUUAGAUGGGCUGUUUCCCCAAUGACAUGGUGGACAAAUCAUGGACAAUCUAUCCCUCUUUUGAUGAGUUUGGCCAUGAAACUGCUCAGCCAACCGGCCUCUUCUUCUUGCUGUGAAAGAAAUUGGAGCACAUAUAGCUUCAUCCAUAGUGUCAAGAGAAAUGCCUUAACUCCUGAGCGGGCUGAAGAUUUGGUCUUUGUGCACUCAAAUCUGAGACAUUUGUCAAGAAGAACUGAUGCAUACAAGAAAGGAGAGACAAGGAUGUGGGAUGUUGGGGGAGAUUCUUUUGAUUCCCUUAGUGGUGUUGGUCUUCUUGAAGUUGCUGACCUCUCCAUUGAUGAACCUGAGUUGCAGGCUGUAUCAUUUGGAUUGGGUGAUGCCGAGGAUGAAGGUGUGGAGCUGGAGGAGACGGGGAAUGAGGAAGAAGCUUGAUGUUGAUGGCUUGAUGCUAGUUUGCUACUACCUUUUAAUUAUUUCCUAAUUUAGAACCUGCUGCUAUCAUGUUAUUUUGAGUGUAAUAGACCUUUAAUGUCUCUAUGUUGAAUUAGAAUAUCUAUUUUGUAAUUUAUUUUGCACUAUUAUUAUUUAUUAAAAAAAAUAGUUAAAACGUA